AUGUGGAGGCCAAGGGAAGACACGAGUUGGUUCCAGCAGCUGGGGCAGUCAGGAGCACUUGAGAAGCUUGCUGGAGGCAUCGGUGGAGAGGGCGGGGAGGCGGAAAAGUCUGCAGCAGCACCGGCUGCAGGAGGGGGAGCAGGAGCAGCAGUAGCGGAAAAUCAAGGGUUUGAACGUGGAGGAGGAAUGCUAUUGCUGGCAGAGCCUGCGACUGGCAAUGCAAGGAGGCAUGAUGUCCAGAGAGAGCAUCAGCAGGAGAAGCUUCAGUCUGACGGCAUAAGGCAUGACCACCCUGUGGAUGCAAGCAACCCUCCUCCAUUGCAGGAGCAGCAACAAGAGCAGAAUGAUGGGUGUGGUGGGACUCAGCAAAAUGGGCCAACGGGUUUCCAUGCUGGGGUUGCAGCAAUCUCGCAGGUCAGAUGCAGUUUUGGAAGCCCUCACAUCGGGGUCGCAGUCGUGGGUGGGUCAGCUGGGCGCUGGGUGGAUGAGCAUCAAAUGCAGUGGAGGAUGCAGAAGGCAGGGGAAAAUGCAGCUAUGGGUGUGGGAAUGGGUCAGGCGGAGCAAGAAGCUACACAUGCGGAUAAUCUGGCAGAGGCGGAGAUUCUUCGAGCAUUACAUGCAGAGAUGGAGUCAGAGGAGGUGUUGCGCGAGUACAAGCAGGAGCUGCAGGAGUUCGGCGAGGGGCUCAAGAAGGAGACGGAGGAGCUGGUGGAAACCACCGCCACCACCGUCAGCGACCUGCUUCCUCACUCGACCUGUUCCCUUGUCAUUGUUCCGUCCACGCUGCAUCCCUCCCUCCCUCCCUCCUUCCUCUCUCCUCCCUCCCGCCCUCCCUCCCUCCCUCCCUCCUCCCUCCCUCCCUCUCUCCUCCCUCCCUCCUUCCUCCCUCCCUCCCUCCUUCCCUCCCUCCUCCUCCCUCCCUCCUUCCCUCCCUCUCCCUUCCCUCCCUCCUUCCCUCCCUCCUCCCUCCUCCCUCCCUCCCUCCCUCCCUCCCUCCCUCCUUCCCCCCCUCCCUCCUUCCCUCCCUCCCUCCCUCCCUCCUUCCCUCCCUCCCUCCCUCCUUCCCUCCCUCCCUCCCUCCCUCCCUCCUUCCCUCCCUCCCUCCCUCCUUCCCUCCCUCCCCUCCCUCCUUCCCUCCCUCCCUCCUUCCCUCCCUCCCUCCUCCCUCCCUCCCUCCCUCCCUCCCUCCCUCCUUCCCUCCCUCCCUCCCUCCCUCCAUCCCCUCCCUCCCUCCCCUCCCUCCCUCCCUCCCUCCCUCCCUCCCUCCCUCCCUCCCUCCCUCCCUCCCUCCCUCCCUCCCUCCCUCCCUCCCUCCCUCCCUCCCGCCCCGCCCGCCCUCCCUUCCCUCGCUUCCUGGCUAUCUCCUUCUUCCUUCCUCUCUCCCUCCCUCCCUCCUUCCUUUCUUCCUUCCCUCCUCUUCCCAUCCCUCCUCCUUCCCUCAUCGUUCUCCCCCUCCCGUUUUCCAUCCUCAUUGACCCCCUAUUUCCCUCCUCCCCUUCCCUCGUGUUUAUUCCGUGCAUCCCUCCUCAAUGCCUUAUAGAGGACACGUGGCAGCAAUCCUAUGGAAGAGAGAGACAGUGUGGAGUAAAUUCCACCCAUGUCCUCCAUCUCUCUUGCCUUAACACCAACAACCCGCUCGCCUCUUCACAGUCCCUCUCACCGUCUGCCGCCUGCCUCGCACCACCCCCUUGCCGCUCAAUCACUCCCACCCCCCUCUCUCUCAUUGUGCGGAGCAGCACAACGGAGAUCCUGGCAUCAGUGAAGGAGGCAGUGGCGAUGGUGGAGGAGGAGGUGGCUGCCAACGCUGCUGGCGCCCGCCCCCGCGCGCCUUCCGCUGCUGCUGGGCUCGCCUCCGCCAUCCCCAGAGGCGCCAUGCAGAGGGACAGCAGCACGUACUGUGACGAGCCAGAGGACACAGAUGACUUUGCCAAGUGGGUCGAAUCUUUCGACCUCAAAAACAGGGAGGCGGACGUGGAGGCAGUGCUUAAGGACAAUGCAUUCAUGCAGGAGCUGCAGUCACGCAUUGUGCCGUUGAUCGUGGAGCGCGAGACCUUCUGGACGCGCUACUUCUACCGCCUCUACCGCCUGCAACAGGCCGAGGACGCCCGCGCCGACCUUGUCAAGAGGGCGACAACAUCAGAGGAGGAGGACCUGAGCUGGGAUGUGGACGAUGAUGCAGAUGACGCUCAGAGCAGCCCUGCAGCCGCCCACCAUGGCGCUGCGGGGAUGGAGAAGCGGGCACAGAGGAUUGGGGAAGCAAAAGAUGCAGGAGCAGGGGAGGGCGAGAAGGAGAGAGAUGCAUCAAGUCCAGCUGCGACAUCGCCGCAACCAGAACCAAGUAAUCGCAGCAACAGCAGUGACAGCUCAGCAGGCAGUGAGUGGCAAGUUGUGUCUAAAGAUGAUGCUUCUAAGGAGGACGGAUUGAAGGCAUCACAACCCUCUGCUGCUGCUCUUACUACAGCAGCUGAGGCGGCUGCCGCUCCUGCUUCUGACGUGUCAGAACCUGCAGCUCUGGUCUCCCAGCCUGCUGCUGAGCCUACAGUUGCCAGCGGUUCAAAUAAAACAAGUGCGGACGGCGAAGGGGCGAAGGAAGAAGGAAACGAGAAAAAGAAUGAGGCAGAGGCGAGGGGAGGGAAGGGCAAGAAGGAAGGUGGAGUUGAAGAGGAGGAUGAGGUAAGCCAGAGAUGA